AGCACAUAUUAAUUCUAUCACCGAAACUGCUGCUACAGUUAGACAGAGAGAUGGCUGAGAUAUGUGUGGAUAACCAGGAACUAGAAGAAGGAGAAAUCCUAGAACUGGGAAAAGGAAAUGAAAAAGGAGAUAAACAGAAAAGAAGGGAUCGACACAAGAGAAAAAGUAAAGAGAGACACAGACACAAAAGUGACGAAAAGAGCAAUGAGUCAAAAAGAAGGAAAACAGAAAAUGAAAGAGAGAGUUAUGAAAAAAGAAGCAGAGAGAAAAGGAAUGAGAAGAAAUAUAAUCAGAAGAAGACAGGUAGCGACACCAGAGACAGAAUACAGGACAGGAAGGACAGAUUCCAGUGUCAUUCUAAGGACAGUUCAACAUGUAAGAGUCCAAAUGAUAUCUGUGUGCAGGUACGGCGCCUGAUCUGCUCCUCUGGGGGCAGCAUGGAAUUAGGGAAGCUGAGCAUGUCCCUACAGUUGAAAAUGGAUCAGGUGGAGAAAUUUGUGGAAGAUGAACGGGGACGCAGCAUAAUGCUGAGGAGAGAAAAGGAACAGCGUGUGGCCGUGUCCCGCAGUGCUGUGCGUGUAUGCACCAAGGGAAUGCUCAAAUGCAAUGGAGACUGCGAACAACUCCACCUGUGUCGAUAUUAUGUACUUGGGAAAUGUUCAAGGAAUCCUUGCAAGUUCAGCCAUGACAUCACUAAUGAUCAUAUGCGGAAGGUGUUAAAGAUGUACGAGUUACAAGAACUGAAUAUGAACGAACUGCAGCAACUCCUGUUACAGAAUGAUCCAAGUUUCCUCCCUGAUGUGUGCACGUAUUAUAAUAAAGGGGAUGGCGAAUUUGGAUCUUGCACCUUUAGGACAGGCUGUCACAAAUUGCACAUUUGUCAAUAUUUUCUGUAUGGGGAGUGCAAAUAUAUGAACAAUUGCAAGAGAUCGCACAGCUUCUCAAAUGUACAAACAACCAAGAUACUGGAGAAAUGGGGAAUGAGCAGUGAACUGUUCCCCAGAUUGAUAGAAAUUUACAGGAACGCCAGCACGCUCAGAGAUAUUCCUAAGAGCAAGCAUACCACCUCGGGGACUGAAGUCACUGUGGAAGCACUUUUGCAAUUUGCAAAGACCUCUGACUGUGACAUUACCGCUGAGGUCCAGUGGCCGGGAAGGAUAAAAAUAUAUGUUUUAAAGGUUGAACUUCAUGGACUUAAAGCAGAUCUGUCCCCAUCUGGAGAUGCAGUGACUAGUGGAGGGGGAACAGGCAAAUAUCUUCCACCCGACCCUGUGGAAGACCAGCCUCAUGAACUCUCUGAAGAGAUACUUCACUUCAUAAACAACUGCCGUUCUAAAGCUAAGCCUAAUGAAGAUCAGCGCUACUCACCUUCCAGGGAGCAGUUUACAUGUCACAAAGAACAUGGGGGUUUUCCAGACAGAUGUCACACUUCUGAUACUCGAGGAAUGAAGUUGAAUGGCUUUUACGCCUCGACCAACAGAUCAAACAAGGGAAACAGAGGCAGUGUUGCCGAGGUCAGCAUUGUUGAUACAGAAGAAUCCUAUCUGUCUGAUAAGGCUAGGGGCCAUAGUGUCAGAAAUAGAGUUCUAGAUAAGCCUACUGAAGAUUGGCGUUACACACCUUCCCGGGAGCAGUUUAGAUGUCACAGAGAACAUGGGAGGUUUCCGGACAGAUGCCGCAGUUCUGAUACCCAAGGAAUGAAGUUAAACGGUGUUGACACCUCAACCAACAGAUCAAACAAGAAGAACAGAGACAGAGUUGCCAAAGUCAGUGUUGUUGAUGCAGCAGAAUCCUAUCUGUCUGAUAAGGCUGAUGGAGUCGGAAACAGAGACAUGGUACAGAAGUAUUUGGUGUCUAAGAGAGACCGGUAUUCAUUUGAAAUGGGAGCAAAAACUGAUAAAUACAGAAGACACAACUCAUCCAGGAUAGAUCCUAAAGCUGUCCCGCAGCACUGGGACUUGAACCAGCUUCCGAAAGUGGGAUACAAGCUGGUCGACUUGGACAAAAAUUCAAAUGAGUAUGAGAAGGUGAAAUAUUUAUUCCACAGCACUCUAGCCACAGUGACAAUCUUGAGCAUUGAGCGAAUUCAAAACCCAUCUCUUUGGAAUGUUUACCAGAGGCAAAAAAAGGAGAUGAACAAGUGUAAAGAUGGACGAGUGGUGGAUGAGAUACAGUUAUUUCAUGCAACCAGUGACAGCCUGAUUGAUACUAUAUGUCAGCAAAAUUUUGACCAUCAGUUAAAUGGAACUAUGAACAACAAAGGAAUCUCUUUUGGAAAAGAUGCAUACUACUGUCAUAUCUUCAGCCCGAAGGAAUUCUUUUUGAGUCACGUUAUGUUUAUAGCACGUGUCCUGGUGGAGAAUCUUAAAGAAAAUGGGAGCUCUUCUUCCUGUGUCUGUGUGGAAAAACAUCAAGUCUACCCAGAAUAUGUCAUCAAAUACAUAUGAUUUUGACAUUCACCUUCAGAGAAGUAUUAGAAAAGGGAAAUAUUUGACUUGUAUCUUCUAGUGCAGUAGUGGGCCUGUAU